AUGAUCGGAGUACGACAUGCAAGCUCUCAACCGCGCAACUUCGCCCGCAAAAUGGUCGCUCGGCUGGUGAAAUCGCAACCCGGAGUUGCUCGAGCAUCAGGCUGGAAACUAUGGACUCAAAACUUGUUUGGAUCCUCUAAACCGCGGCUGGAAGAACUGCAAAAUGCUAUUGUUCAAGACUUGGGAUUGGGAGAUCGUGCAGUAAAUACCAUGGUGAAAGACGAGAUCAAUCAAUGGCAUUUCCACAACCCAAAAGCUCGUCUCAAGAUUCCAACACUACUGGUCCACGGACACGCAGCAUCGGCUAUGGCAUUCCACCGCAACUUUGCUGGCCUCUCAGAUGCGAUCCAGGAUCUUUACGCUAUAGACUUGCCCGCUAAUGGACUCUCAAAAGAUAUACCACUCGAAAUCGCAAUUGGUCGACCGCUUCCACUGCGUUUAAAGUUUCAAAACGACACUUUCAAGCUACCCUACACCAUAGAGCAAUUACAUCACCAUGCCCUGGUCCAGCAAUUUGAGGAUUAUUACGUGGAUGCGCUGGAACAAUGGCGUCGCGACAAUGCUUUGGGUCCCAUCAACGUGGUAGCCCAUUCUUUUGGCGGGUAUCUUUCGUUCAAAUACGCCGUCAAGUAUCCGCAAUCGGUGGCUAAGCUAUGUUUAGUCUCGCCAUUGGGUGUGGAACGCAAUGCUUUCGCAGUCAACAAUCAAUGGAGUAGUAAUACGACUUAUCAUGUCGACAGAAAUAAUCCGGCAUCCAAACACUACGUUCCAUCACGUCCAGCAAUCCCUCGAUUCAUAUUCGAAUCUCAGACGGGUGUUUUGCGUGCUCUGGGUCCACUGGGCGCCAAAUUCUGCUGGAAUUACAUCUGUACGGUUUACCAGCGCGUUCCUAGCUUACACUACAAAAAGUAUCUGUUCGAGAUGUUUUUUGGGAAAGACGGCCUAAGCCAAACUAGCAAGGAUGUGUUCUUAGGUCUUUUCACUAAUCGGCUGCUAGCACGCGAUCCGCUCUUGGAGAGCGUCAAGCAUCUCAGGGCUAAGGAACUGCUAUUGCUAUAUGGAGACCACGAUUGGAUGAAUAGACAAGCGGGACAAUGUCUGGCACAGGAGGCAGAAUCGCGUGGUAUCGCAUCAGAAUAUAACGAAGUUUCAUCUUCCGGCCAUAACUUAUUUUUGGAUAACCCUCUUGAAUUCGACCAGCGUGUGAUUCAGUUUUUAGAACGGUGA